CCCUUUGCGCCACCUGGUGGUGAUUUUCGCGAACGAGUUUCACAUGAGACUGAUUUGUAUUUGCACAAGCAGGGCGGUAAUAGGUAUUCUGUUCGACUACCUACUGUACAUCUAGGAUGGCUUGAGGGUGAGUAAAUCAUGGGGUAGUUUUCAUUUUUGGGUUAACUAUCCUUUAAACUAGGGAGCUGAUUGAGACGCACCCAGAGAUUUAGUUUAGAUUUAUUUUUCUUUCUGUUAAUUAUUCUCAUCUUAAACAGGACAAAGUGUCAAAACACACAGAAAAACUCCUGCUGAACCUGCUGAGAUACGUGACACCAUAGAGAUGGCACUUAUUAAAGAGGAGACUGAAGACAUGAGUAAUGAAGAAGCUUUCGGAGUCAAACAUGAAGAUACUGAGACACAAACAGAGAUGGUGUUUAUUAAAGAGGAGAGUGAAGACAUGAAGAAUGAAAGAAGCUUUCAGAGUCAAACAUGAAGAUACUGAGGAGGAACAAAUAGAGAUGGUGUUCAUUAAAGAGGAGAGUCAAAACACGAGGACUGAAGAAACAUUCAGAAUCAAACAUGAAGAUACUAAGGAACAAACAGAGAUGGUGCUUAUUAAAAAGGAGAGUGAAGACAUGAGUAAUGAAGAAGCUUUCAGAGUCAAACAUGAAGAUAGUGAGACACAAACAAAGAUGGUGUUAAUUGAAGAGGAGAUUGAAGACACAAUGAAUGAAGAAACAUUCAGAGUCAAACAUGAAGAUACUGAGGAACAAACAGCCACAAUGCCACCAAAAGAGGAGAGACAAGAACUGAAUGAAAUGGAAGAGAAGGAGAAGAAUGAGGAACUUUUUUUUUUCAUAUGUGUAAAAAAAUCUGUAAAGACUGAAAAAAAUUCCUCACGAAAAAGAGCCCAGAAGACCAAAUCUAACACCUGCCAUCAGUGUGGAAAGAGUUUCAGAGAGAAAAAAAACCUUAAUGACCACAUGAGGGUUCACACUGGAGAAAAGCCUUUCACCUGCCCUCAGUGUGGAAAGAGUUUCAGUCUCACAGGAAACCUUAAAAUCCACAUGAGAAUUCACACUGGAGAGAAGCCUUUCACCUGCCCCCAGUGUGGAAGGAGUUUCAGUCACACAGGAAACCUUACAAGCCACAUGAGAAUUCACACUGGAGAGAAACCUUACACAUGCCAACAGUGUGGAAAAGGGUUUCAGGGAAAAAAAAUCCUUAACGACCACGUGAGAAUUCACACUGGAGAGAAACCUUACACAUGCCAACAGUGUGGAAAGGGUUUCAACGGGAAAAAAAUCCUGAAAGACCACAUGAGAACUCACACUGGAGAGCAACCCUACAUAUGCCAACAGUGUGGAAAGUGUUUCAGUCAAAAAGCAAACCUUAUAAGCCACAUGAGAAUUCACUCUGGAGAGAAGCCUUACACCUGCAAGCAGUGUGGAAAAAGUUUCACUAAAAAGUGGAACAUCAUAAAACACAUGAGAAUUCACACUGGAGAGAAGCCUUAUACAUGCUCUCAGUGUGGAAAGUGUUUUAGACAUAAACCAUCCUUUGAUUCCCACAUGAGAAUUCAUACUGGGAAAAACCCUCACUCUUGCAAAUUGUGUGGGAAGAGCUUUACACGAAAAGGAUCUCUUAAGAAUCACAUGGUCAUUCACACUGGAGAGAAGCCUUUCACUUGUGAUCAGUGUGGAAAGAGUUUUGGACGAAAAGUAACCCUUAAUCAACAUGUGAAGAUUCACUUUAAGAGAAGUGUUUUAGAUGUUGUCAGUAUGGAAUGAGUUUCUUAGACAG